GUUCUCCCGUACGUUGCCUUUCGAUCGAUCGGUUCUUCUUGUUCUCGAUCGACGAGCUUAGAUCAAGAACAUAAUAUAUAUAUAUAUAUCUCGAUCUGAAAGAACAUUUAGAAUCAGCUAGGGUUUUUGUAGAUCUCAAUCAGAAUUGGCAAGAAACAUGAAGUUUGGCAAGGAAUUUGCUUCUCAAAUGGUACCGGAAUGGCAAGAAGCAUACAUGGACUACGCCUACCUCAAGGAGGUCCUGAAAGAAAUCCAGCGUUUCAAACAGAGAACGAAUAGGCAUCCGCCGGGCGCCCCCGCCGGACUGAAGAGGGCGCUCACGCUGUACAGAGCUUUCAGCGGCCUAUCGCACCGACGCCAUCCGCCGGCGAGCCCGACGACGCCGGACUUCGACAUCGAGAGCAUGGCCAUUUUGGUGAACUCGGUGAGACGAGACGGCAGAGAAGGCUACGAGACGAUGUUCCUCAAGGCCUCCGAGGAAGGAGGCGAGUACGAGUUGGUGUACUUCCGGAGGCUGGACGAUGAGUUCAACAAAGUACUUAGGUUUUACACGUCGAAGGUGGAGGAGGUGGUGCAGGAGGCGGCGGUGCUGGAUAAGCAGAUGGCGGCGCUAAUUGCGUUUCGGAUCAAAGUGGAUAAUCCGCAGCGGUGGUUCAACAGCUCGGUGGAGAUGACUCGUCUUGCGUCGGAAGUUGCUGCGUCGACGGCCUCGUUAUCGGCCACCACUCCGUCCGGCGCCAGGGCAAGCAGAAGAGUUCAUAUGGAUGUGAUCGACGAAGAAGAAGGGUCAAGCAGGGGGAAGCAAUCGGACAAGUCACAAGCUGCGAGCCAAAAUGCUCGAGAGCAAAGGCCAAACAACAUCGUAGUGGACAGGCCUGCUCCGCUGGAAAUACUCAACCACGUCAAGAUCAACAAGCCCAUUGACACUCCUCGUUCCACAAUCCGAAGCUUUCUCACAGCUCCUGACGAUCAGAAAGAGAUCAAGUUCAACAGGGAGAAUCUGAACAGAGUCGAACAGCAGCUCAAACGCGCUUUCAUCGAGUUCUAUCACAAGCUUAGGCUUCUCAAGAGUUACAGCUUUUUGAACAUGUUGGCGUUUUCGAAGAUCAUGAAGAAAUACGACAAGAUUACGUCAAGGAACGCGUCGAGAUCUUACUUGAAGAUGGUGGACAAUUCCUACCUUGGUAGCAAUGAAGCGGCUACCAAGCUCAUGGACAGAGUGGAAGACACAUUCAUCAAGCAUUUUUCAAACUCAAACCGCAGAAAAGGAAUGAGCGUCUUGCGCCCGAAAGUGAAGAGGGAAAGGCACAGGGUGACAUUUUCCUUGGGUUUCUUUGUUGGCUGCACAGUGGCUCUCGUUGUUGCUCUUAUUUUAAUUACUCGUGCCCGCCAUCUCCUACACCAUCGUAACAGAGAUAAGUACAUGAAAACGAUGUUUCCCCUUUAUAGCUUGUUUGGUUUCAUUACUCUUCACAUGGCCCUGUAUGCUGCAAAUAUAUACUUCUGGAGGCGCUACAGAGUCAACCAUCCAUUUAUAUUUGGUUUCAAGCAAGGAACUGACCUGGAUUACAGGGAAGUUUUCCUCCUCAGCUUUGCAAUUGCAGUCCUGGCAAUAGCCGCUGCGCUUGCAAACCUAGACAUGGAAAUGGAUCCCAAAACUCAAGAUUACAAAGCAGUCACUGAACUCGUGCCUGUGGGACUUCUUUGUCUCCUCCUCGCCUUGUUAUUCUGCCCAUUCAAUAUUCUCUAUCGAUCAAGUCGGUUCUUUUUGCUUGUAUGUGCCUUUCACUGCAUUUGUGCUCCUCUCUACAAGGUGACUCUUCCUGAUUUUUUCCUGGCUGACCAGCUAACAAGCCAGGUUCAAGCAUUUCGAAAUCUGGAGUUCUACAUUUGCUACUAUGGAUGGGGAGACUACAGGCAUAGAGAAAAUACUUGCAAAGGAAAUAAUACUUACAAAACUUUCUAUUACAUUAUUGCAGCGGUUCCAUACUGUUCUCGCCUCCUUCAGUGCCUGCGUCGCUGGUACGAAGAGAGAGAUGCCAUGCAAGGGCUCAACGGGCUUAAAUAUUUCUCAACUAUAGUAGCAGUUUGCUUGAGAACGGCAUACAAUUUUAACAAAGGGACUGGCUGGAGGAUUUUAGCUGCUAUUGCCUCAAUAUUUGCAGCAAUCUUUAGCACAUAUUGGGACCUUGUCAUGGACUGGGGGCUUCUGCAAAAACAUUCUAAGAACCGGUGGUUGAGAGACAAACUUCUUGUCCCCUAUAAAAGUGUGUAUUUUGUUGCCAUGGCUUUGAAUGUGGCGUUGAGAUUUGCCUGGCUUCAAACAGUGUUUAACUUCCAAGUUUCUUUUGCACAUCCAGAAACACUAGUUGCAGUCGUCGCUAUCCUAGAGAUCAUUCGCCGCGGCAUCUGGAAUUUCUUCAGGUUGGAGAAUGAACAUCUGAAUAAUGUAGGCAAAUAUCGAGCCUUCAAGUCUGUGCCUUUGCCUUUCAACUACGAAGAAGACGAGGACAAGGACGAAUGAAAGACUAACAAUGAAUAUCCUUCUUAUAUAUAUAUAUAUUCUUUGUGAAUAUGAAAGCUUAGAGAGAUUUCAUAUUUGUAUCACUUGAAACAUUCUUUCUAUACCACUGAAGUUGUGGCCUAGUGAUAAAGUGGUGAGUCUGAGGGUUCGAAUUUGAGUUUUGUAAACCUCAGUUACUCCAUCGCUAGGUCUCUAGUGGUAUAAUUUUAUUUACUUAAAAAGAAAAUAUUCUUUCUAUAUUUUUUACAUGCCAUUUUCUGAGUUAA